AUGGACCUCCAAAUUUCCAGCCACAGUGAUCGCUCGAAGGUCCUUCGUGACGUUGAGCAUCUACGCUCGCAAGGCUGGGAAGUGAAGGACAACACCCUGCAGAAGACAUUUUACUUCAAAACGUACACAAAAGUCCUCGACUUUCAUCAGGUCAUUGGCAUCAAAAGCAAAUCCAUGAACCAUCAUUCAACAAUGAAAUCAGACUACAACUCCCUAACUGUUGUGUGGACAACUCAUGAUCCUCCUGGACUUUCCGAGAAAGACACAAUAAUGGGCGAGUAUUGUGACGAGCACUCCUCUGCCAUAGGAACUAUUGACAAAUCCAAGAUACGGCAAUGCGGUUCAGCUACGCCUGGAUUAUAA